AAAAAUAUUCGUACAGUUGCUAUUUAUGUUCUGUGUUGUCACCAUGUAUAAUAAAACAAACAUUUGUUGUACAAAUAUUUAUUUUUACAAACGUAUACAUAUUUUAUCACUCAAUCGUCUAAGCUAGGAUUUGCAUAAUGAGGAAAGUCAGUAGUUUAAUUUUUCACUAAAAACCACCCCUCCGGGCGCCAUUAUGGCCACCCCUUCCCCCUCCACUCUAUUGUCACGUGCUAAAUAAUAAUCCACCUCCCCUCAAACGGCCAUGAUCCUCGCCUACUCGUUUUAUUGUUCCUUAUCUGUGCGAUAUCCGCGAUUAAAAAAAUCGUUUGUUGCCCGUCGAAAAAAUCAAUUAUCUCGCAUAACCCAGUUAUAGAAAAUGCUACUGAACUGAACUACACGAUGCGAAAAUUCGUACUAAAGCCAGGCCACCCUGAAAAACUCCACAUCCAGCUCCUGCACCACAAACAGAAGUACAACUGGGACUGCGGCAUUUCGUGCGUGUUGAUGGUCCUCCCCAAAAAACACCGCCACCACUUGCUGAAAAAUUUCACUAAAGUUUGCAAAGAGGAGGGAGUUUUUGGGAGCACGUGGACUAUAGAUUUGUGUUAUUUGCUGAAGCGGUACGAGGUGGGGCAUGUUUUUUACACGGUCACUCUGGGGGUGCAUCCGGGGUACAGGGGGAACAGUUUCUAUCACAAUAUCUUAACUAAGGACGAGUUUCGGGUCAAUCAGAGGUUCGAAACGGCCAAAGCCAGCGGUGUUUUGGUCGAAAGAGCGUCGAUUUCGAUGCAAACGAUUCUCGAUCAUUUGAUCAACGGGCCUGUGAUUGUCCUGACGAACGCCAGGCUGUUAAACUGUGAUGUUUGCAAGUUGAAUAAGAUUUCAAGCGAGUUGAGGAAAUGUAUUCCGUGGCCCAUGGCCUACCAAGGGCACUACAUUGUCCUGUGUGGGUACGAGUUGGCGGCUCGGAAAAUACACUACCGGAAUCCGUCGUUUGGUGAUCGGGUGUGUGUCAUGUCGGUUGAGGUGUUGGAGGAGGCGAGGAAGAGUUACGGGACUGAUGAGGAUGUGAUUCUUGUUUAUAAGUGAUUUUUAUUUAUUGUCUUUGAAAAUAUUAAUAAAAUAUUUGAGUGAU